CCAUUCCUUCCCUCACCAAACUCCAAUCAAACCUCAGAAAAAUCAAAACUUUGAAUUAGUCAGAGUCUUCUUCCUUCCUUCUUCUUCUCCAUCCUCCUCAUUCUUUCCCCUUUAACUCUAAACCCAACCCCACUUCUCAGUUCUCUUCAUACAAACAUCCGAGACUAAACUGAAACUGAAAUCACUCUUUUCCACUUUCAAAAUGCCCCCCGAAACCUCCCAAUUAUCUUUAACACUUCUCUCUUUAACCCUUCUCUUCAUCUUCUCAUCAGCUACCAUUCCGCUGGGCUCGACCCUCUACGCCUCAAACUUGAACGUGUCUUGGCCCUCUCCCAACGGCACCUUUUCAGUCUCUUUCAUUCAAGAUGGCCCGUCGGCGUACUUCGCCGCAAUCAGUUAUGCCGGCGGAGUUCCGGUGUGGAAAGCCAGUCAACGCGCCGUUGACUCAUCUGGGUCCUUCCAUUUGCUCUCCAGUGGGACUCUCCGCCUCGUCAACGGCUCCGGCGCAACCGUCUGGGACUCCAACACCGAGAACCGGAACGUUUCUUCGGCUUCGAUUGAUGACUCCGGCAAUCUUGUGCUGCUUGGUAACAAUUCUGUUUCAGUUUGGUCCUCGUUUGAUAACCCCAGUGAUACUAUUGUUCCCUCUCAGAAUUUUACUAAUAGGAAAGCCUUGGAAUCUGGGAAAUAUUCUUUUACUCUUCUUCAAUCGGGGAACCUUACAUUGAAAUGGAAUAAUAGUAUAAUUUAUUGGAAUAAUAGUUUAAAUUCAUCCAUUGAGUCUAAUUUAACUUCGCCGGUUUUAAGAUUGCAGUCUAUAGGGAUUUUAUCUAUAGUUGAUCCAACGUUACCUAGUGCAGUUAUUGUGGCUUAUAGUAGUGAUUAUGCAGAAGGGAGUGAUAUAUUGAGGUUUUUGAGGUUGGAUACUGAUGGGAAUUUGAGGAUUUAUAGUUCUGCUAGAGGUAGUGGGACUACUACUAAAAGAUGGGCUGCUGUUACUGAUCAGUGUCAAGUUUUUGGGUAUUGUGGAAAUAUGGGUAUUUGUAGUUACAAUGAUACCGGUUCGGAUCCAGUUUGCGGGUGUCCGAGUCAGAAUUUUGAGUUGGUUGAUGCUAAUGAUAGUAAGCAAGGGUGUAAGAGGAAAGUGGAGAUUGAGGAUUGUCCUGGGAGUGCUACUAUGUUGGAGUUGCCGCAUACGAAGUUCUUGACGUUUGCACCUGAGUUGACGUCUCAGGUUUUCUUUGUGGGGAUAUCGGCUUGUAGAUUGAAUUGUUUAGUUACCGGAUCUUGUGUUGCUUCUACUUCAUUAUCAGAUGGGACAGGGUUGUGUUACUUGAAAACGCCAGAUUUUGUGAGUGGGUUUGAGAAUCCAGCGCUUCCUAGUACUUCAUACGUUAAGGUUUGUGGACCGGUGGUACCAAACCCUUCAAGUAAUAUGCAGGUUUUGGAUGAUAGAAAAAGUUGGAGGUUGCGUGCUUGGAUUGUUGUAGUAGUGGUCGUGGCUACCCUUUUGGUUUUGGUUGCAUUGGAGGGUGGUUUGUGGUACUGGUGCUGCAGAAAUAGUCCUAAAUUUGGUGGUUUGUCAGCCCAAUACGCGCUUCUUGAGUACGCUUCUGGUGCACCUGUGCAAUUCUCAUAUAAGGAGCUGGAACGCUCAACAAAGGGGUUUAAGGAGAAGCUUGGUGCUGGAGGUUUUGGGGCUGUUUAUAGAGGGAUUCUUGCUAAUAAAACAAUUGUUGCCGUGAAACAACUAGAGGGGAUUGAGCAAGGCGAAAAACAGUUUAGGAUGGAGGUUGCUACUAUUAGUAGCACCCAUCAUUUAAAUUUGGUGAGAUUGGUCGGCUUUUGUUCUGAAGGAAGGCAUAGGCUUCUGGUAUAUGAGUUCAUGAAAAAUGGGUCUCUGGAUAACUUCCUUUUUGUGAACGAAGAGCAAUCAGGGAAAUUGUUGAAUUGGGAGUAUAGGUUUAACAUUGCUCUUGGUACUGCUAGGGGAAUUACAUAUCUUCAUGAGGAGUGUCGAGACUGCAUUGUUCACUGUGACAUAAAACCAGAAAACAUCCUCUUGGAUGAAAACUACAAUGCAAAAGUGUCAGAUUUUGGCCUCGCAAAGCUCAUAAAUCCAAAGGACCAUAGGUACAGAACUUUGACAAGUGUUAGAGGUACACGAGGAUAUUUGGCACCAGAAUGGCUGGCAAAUCUUCCAAUAACUUCUAAAUCUGAUGUUUAUAGUUAUGGGAUGGUUUUGUUGGAGAUAGUGAGUGGGAGAAGGAAUUUUGAAGUCUCACCAGAAACUAAUCGGAAAAAGUUUUCUCUGUGGGCUUAUGAAGAGUUUGAGAAGGGGAAUGUCAAGGGCAUUGUUGACAAAAGGUUAGCUGAAGAUGUGGACAUAGAGCAAGUAAUGAGAGCAAUUCAGGUGAGCUUUUGGUGCAUCCAAGAGCAACCAUCUCAGAGGCCAAUGAUGGGGAAAGUAGUUCAAAUGCUAGAAGGAAUUAUGGAGAUUGAGCGGCCACCAGCACCCAAGGCAUUCACGGAAGGUUCUGUAAGCGGACCCAGCAUGAAUAUGAGCAGUAAUUUCAGUGCUGUCUCAACUUUCGCAGCCUCAGCCUCAGCCUCAGCACCAGCUCCCUCUUCAUCUUCAUCAUUACAAAUCGGAGUUUCGCCUUUACCUUCAGAUAGAAAUUUAGAGAGGGCAUCUUCAUCUCUACUACGACCAUCCAACCCAAACUGAAGCUCAUUUCACACUUCUAGCACAACCACUGGUUUUGUUUCUACUACUCUGAAUCUGUAUAUCAUAGAAAGAGUUGUUUCUCAAAUUUCAAAUGUGAUAUCGAUGUUUGAGUAUCCAUAGUGUAUAAUCAAUAUGGUGUAGUACCAUCAUGUAUGAAUCGCCUGUACAAGUUCUUUCUCAGUUCACUCAAGAAAUUAUGUAAUUAACAUUUUUAUCCCAUCUUUGCCUUUUUGUACUUAUCAUUUAUAAAUGUAAUCUGU